UGGCAACAGAAAUUUCAGAUAUUUACAUAAAACUGCAAUAAAGAUAUCUCGUAAGUCUGAACACAAAUCUGUAUCCAAAAAUAAACAAAGAGAACUUUUAACGUUCCUUCUCGCUAUAACUGGGUAAAGAUUUAAUUAAAUUAAAAUUUUGCGUACAACAACAAAAACAACAUUUUAGCAAACAAAAGAUUUGCGCAAGCGUAUAAAUGCCAAUGGCAUUAUCCAGAAAUGAUGCAGUCGAUGAAAAUUAUUCGUACAACCUCAAAGAUACGACUACAGCAAGCGAGGAUAAACAUGAGUAUUUUUGUGAUUUUGGGUCUUCUCUGUAUGGGUAUGGCUUGGGGCCAAGAGGAUGUGUCCACACCCUCAACGGUAAUUCAGCCACCACACCAUUUCAGUCCAAAAUUUGCCAGGCAAGCUGCAGACCUCGCCGAACAGGUUAAGGAACGGGCAAGACAAUUGCAGGAUGAAGUUGACGAGGUUGUGGCCACCACCCAUAGACCCCACCAGUUCAGUGAGAAGUUUAUACAAGAAAUUGAAGCACUGGCCAAACAAGUAAAGGAACGUACAGGUCUAACAGUGGAGAGUACUUCGGUAAAGCCUCAUCAGUUCAGCGACAAGUUUGUGCAACAAGUUGAGGCAUUGGCGCAAAAAGUUGCCGAGCACAACCGCAAACAAGCCGAAAACGCCAAGGUAACAGCUGAAAGCCAGCAACACCAACAAGUUGAGGCACUGGCCCAACAAGUCAAUGAACAUAUGAAGAAAAUGCAACAAGUUGUGCCUGCCAUGCCAAAGCCCCAAGAAUUGAGCGAUGAAUUUGUGCAACAAGUUGGCAAAUUAGUCAAAAUGGUAAAGGAACAUUUCCAAAAAAUGAAAGAUCAAAUAUCAACCUCCAAGGUUAGUGAUAAAUUUGUGCAAGACAUUGUUUCGUUGGCCCAACAAGUGGAAGAAUAUGCCAAAAAGGUCUCACAAGUCCAUGUUCCCUUGGCACCGGAAAUUGUAGAAAAAAUUAAAAAGGUAGAGAAACAGGUCCAACAGGUAAUGCAACAAGUUGAGCAACAUGUUCCCCUGGUGCUGCAACAUGUUAUCCAGCAGCAGCAACAACAAAAACAGGAAAAUGUUGUUUCCCAUGUUCAACAACAUGUUGCCAAUCAACAAGUUGUGGAGAAAAAAGUUGUAGAUGUUCCCGAAAAAGUUGAAAAAGUUGUUGCUCAAGUUCAACAACAUGUUCCCGUUGUCGUUCAGCAUCAUGUUUCGAACCAAGUUGGAAAAAAUGUGGUCGGCAAUGUAGAAGUUCCGGACAAAGUUAAGGAUGUUGUGUCCCAAGUUCAUCAGCAUGUUCCUAUUGUGGUUGCACAUCAUGUUGCCAGCCAUGUUCAGGCAAAGGAAAAUAAGGUAGUGGAUGUUCCAGCUGUUAUUCCAAGUGUCGUUGAAAAGAAGGUGGGAGAAGUUGUGGUUCCUGAAAAGGUUAAGGACAUCGUAUCCCAGGCUCACCAGCAUAUACCAGUUGUCGUACAACAUCAUUUGGCCAACCAGGUUGUGGACAAGAAAGCGGUGGAGGUCCCUGAAAAAGUGGUUCACCAACAUGUUCCCGUAAUUGUCGGCCAUGUUGAACCAAGCGAAAAGCAAGUUGUCCCAAGUGUCGUGGGAAAGAAGGUUGUUGCCGAUGUUCUUCCCGAAAAAGUUCAAGAUGUUGUAGCACAGGUUCAGCAACAGGUUCCAGUUGUUGUGCAACAACAUGUAGCCGAUCAGGUGGUGGAGAAAAAGGUUGUAGAUGUUCCCGAUAAGGUCAAGAAAGUUGUUGACCAGGUCCAGCAACAUGUACCCGUUGUCGUCCAGCAUCAUGUUGACAAGCAAAGAAAAGUUGACGAUGUUCCAGUUGUUGUCCCAGUUGCCGUUGAAAAGAAGGUCGUUGAAGUUCCUGACAAAGUUAAGGAUGUCGUCGCUCAGGUUCAUCAACAUGUCCCAGUUGUGGUGCAAAAUCAUGUGGCCAAUCACGUGGCUGAGAAGAAAGUAGUGGAAGUCCCUGACAAAGUCAAGAAAGUAGUUGAUCAGGUCCAGCAGCAUGUACCCGUUGUUGUUCAGCAACAUGUUGACAAGCAGAGAAAAGAUGUAGAUGUUGCAACUGUGGUUCCUGAUGUCGUCGGAAAGAAGGUUGUUGAAGUUCCUGACAAAGCCAAAGAUGUGGUCUCUCAGGUACAUCAACAUAUUCCAGUUGUGGUGCAAAACCACUUGGCCAAUCACGUGGUUGAGAAGAAAGUAGUGGAUGUACCCGACAAAGUCCAAAAAGUUGUCGACCAUGUUCAGCAACAUGUUCCCGUAGUCGUACAGCAUCAUGUUGCCAGCCAAGUCAAACCCACAGAGAAAAGUGUUGUGGCGCCCGAAGUAAAUCAACAAGUUGUUGACGAACAAGUUGUCGUUUCCCCAGUUGUUGUUAAGAAACAGGAACGUCAAGAAAAAGCUGUAGGCAAAGGCGUUGUUUCUCAAGUGGGCCAUCAUCAUGUCGUGCAUCAAGGACCCUCGGAAAAACCCACCGUUGUACAAACCGUUUUACAUGUACAUCCCCAUAGCAAAGCCACCGGUGUCCAACCAAAAUCCCCCGCAGAAGUUAUUGUAUCACAAAUUGAGGAGCAUCUGCCUCAAGUCAUCAGACAUCAUCUCGAAACACACAAUAAGGUGCCACAUGUUCCCGGUCCCCAUACACCCUAUGAGGUUGUACAUUCGUAUGUGGUCAAGGACAAGGCCACCAAUGAAAUCAAAAGCAUCGUUUCCAAUAUUCGUUCACAAAAUAAACCACGAGUUCAUUUAGAAGCAUAAGUUAAAUCAUCAAAAGUUCAUCUCACAUCGAAUCCGAACAUUAGCAAUAAUACGCCAUCAUUUCAUGAAAGCCUGUAGUCGACAUUUCAUAAGAAUUUUAUAAAGUUUUUGAAUCUUUUAUUUUUCAAAAAAUAUCGAAUAAAAGUGUA